AUGGACGAUACCAUCAAACACCUUCUUCGCUUUGUUGCCCGGGGAUUUUACCUGACCCAACAUGUCCUAAUUCUCGAUGCGGUGAUGCUCCAUUCGGUCCUUUCCGAUGACGAUCUCUUGUUCUUGUUAGAGAUCAAGAAGAAGGAGUUGCGAGCCUACUGCAACAAAUUGGUCGAUGACCGUUUGCUUCUGACUCAUAUCCAGAAAGAAGAACAUCCACAACAACGGGCGAUUUCUCGUACCUACUACUAUAUCCAUAUCACUGAAGCGAUCGAUGCCAUCAAAUGGAAAGUGCACUCGUUAGUCAACACCUUGAAGAACGAAAUGCUGAACUACGGCAACCCUUCGGGCUACGUUUGCAAGCGUUGUAAUCGUAAAGUCAGUCAGCUUGACGCCAUUUCCAUGCUUUCCGAUGAUAAAACCGAGUUUAUUUGCGAUGUGUGCAAUGGUGUUCUCGUGGAAGACGACUCUAGUCAACAAGCGCAGAUCAAGCAAGAAAAGCUCGAGAAGUUGCUGACACAAAUCGAUCCUAUCAUUUCCUACCUCAAGAAGAUCGAUGAGUCGCAAGUUCAAGACAACGAUUACGAUCAGGCUAUGAUAAAGAGAAUUCCCGCUCAACCCACUGCCAACCAAGGCCAAUUUGGUGGCCGCAGCCGCAAGUCCAACAUGCUGUCACUGUUGGCCCAGGACGCAUCGAGAGCACAAGCAACCUUACAAGUCUCGAUCACCGCCAACGACAAAGACGACGAGCGCGAACAAGAAGAGAAGGAGCAAAGACGGCAAAAAUUGGAGCAAAAUGCCUUACCUUCAUGGCAUUCAGAGUCUACUGUUGGUCAACUGUCGCUUGGCAAGUUCACCGAAGAGGAGCAAAUUUCCACUACCGAUGAAGUCAAGCCAGUUCUCAAAUUGGAAGAUGAUGAGGAUGUCAAGCCGCAAGUGGCUGACACAACCAGUUUCCAACCUUCCAACCUGGAAAUCAAGGACAAGGAGGCCCAAGAUGCAUUGGCUGCAUACUACGCACAAUUGGCUCAACAGAAUGCCGACGACGACGAUGAAGAUGAAGAUGAUGAUGAUGACUUUGAUGACUUACUUUGA